UUUGUGGUUCCUUUUUCUUGUCCACAAAAAAUCUUUAAGGUUCUGCCCAUUGAUUUUGUUACUGAAAAAUGGCAAACUUUGGUUCAUUAUCUACAACACAUGUAAUGGUCAUGGUAAUGGUUGCGGUGUUAUGCUAUGUGUCAGGGAUCGCCGCCGGACAGGGUUUGGACAUUGCUCCUUUGCCAGGAAUGGAGACCGGAGCAGGGUUCAGUUUGUUAGUUCCGAGGGCUUUGGUGUGGUCUUCUGUGUUGGGAUCUCUUGUAGCUCUGUUGUUGUGCAUAUAGUUUUGAUGUUUUGGAAUUGAGCCUCUGUUCUUCGUUUUCGUCCAGUUCUUACUCCACCCCUUCGUCGAGCAUAAUCCCUAACCUCAAUUGAUGUCUCUUCUUCAUGAGUUAUUUUUUUUCUUCAUCUGUGAUUUCCCUUUUGCUUUUCGCUCAUUGUCUUUGAAGUUUGUUAGAUUUUCCUUCAUCUUGUUCUUCCUUCCAUCACCGUGAUUUCUCCCUUCCAUCACCGUGAUUUCUCAGUGGUUUGAUUGCUUCUUUGGUUUUGUUUAAUCAAUUUUCCUUCAUCUU